GCUUCCCCACCCACAGUUGCACCUAAUUUUUCAAGGUGGGUUUCUGUUUAUAUAUACAUAGAAGCUCAGAUUUGGUGAGCAGAGCAAGAGCAAUGGCAUCAUCCGUCAACGUUUCUUACUCUAACAGAGCUCUGUUUUGUUCUGGGGGGCACAAAAACUUCAAUUGGUUCAAUGGAUUGCGAGGUAUGAAUCCAUUUGUCAUGAAUGUGAAGACAUCAAACAUGGCACUGAUGAAUCUGAAUAAGGGUAAUGGUAGAGUUAGGGCUACAGUACUUUCUGGAGAAGGUGAUCUCCUAUCUUAUCCCAAAGGUGGUAGAGUGACUGGACAAAGUACUUUGAUUGAUGCGGAGAAGGGUGUGGAGAUGCAACCUGAUGCAAUACUAUUUGGAACACUUGCAGCGGAGAUGAUUCCUGCAACUGAUGAUCUUUUUGAUGAUACAGAGGAGCAUGAUCUGGAUCACCCUACUGCAGGGUUCUCUUCCAUCCCAGAGGCAAUCGAAGACAUCCGCCAAGGCAAGAUGGUCAUUGUUGUAGAUGAUGAAGACAGAGAAAAUGAGGGAGAUUUGAUAAUGGCAGGAUCCUUGGUGACACCUGAAGCUAUGGCUUUUUUUGUAAAACAUGGAACAGGAAUUGUAUGCGUAAGUAUGAAAGAAGACGACCUAGAAAGAUUGCAACUUCCUUUGAUGGUAACACAUAAGGAGAACGAGGAAAAACUUCGUACGGCAUUCACAGUGUCAGUGGAUGCAAAACAUGGUACAACCACUGGGGUAUCAGCUCAUGAUAGGGCAACAACAAUAUUGGCUCUUGCCUCAAGAGACUCAAAACCUGAAGAUUUCAACCGUCCAGGUCAUAUCUUUCCUCUGAAGUACAGGGAGGGAGGUGUUUUGAAAAGAUCUGGACAUACAGAAGCUUCUGUUGAUCUUACCAUGUUGGCUGGGUUAGACCCAGUUGCUGUACUUUGUGAGAUUGUAGAUGAUGAUGGUUCCAUGGCUCGACUACCAAAGCUCCAGCAAUUUGCACUGAGAGAGAACUUGAAGGUCAUAUCGAUCGCUGAUUUAAUCAGGUAUAGAAGGAAGAGAGAUAGGUUGGUGGAAAGGGCUUCUGCUGCUCCAUUACCGCUGAAGUGGGGCCCAUUCAAGGCAUAUUGUUAUAAUUCAGUGCUAGAUGGUAUUGAGCAUAUUGCUAUGGUUAAAGGUGACAUUGGGGAUGGGCAGGACAUUCUUGUUAGGGUACACUCUGAGUGCCUCACUGGAGACAUAUUUGGGUCAGCUAAGUGCGAUUGUGGAAAUCAGCUGGCACUUGCAAUGCAGCAGAUUGAGGCAGCUGGUAGGGGUGUGUUGGUUUACCUCCGUGGACACGAGGGAAGGGGCAUUGGCUUGGGCCACAAACUCCGUGCCUACAAUUUGCAGGAUGAUGGACGUGACACUGUGGAAGCUAAUGAGGAGCUAGGAUUGCCUGUUGAUUCAAGAGAGUAUGGGAUUGGUGCUCAGAUAUUAAGAGAUUUGGGUGUUCGCACAAUGAAGCUGAUGACGAACAACCCUGCAAAGUACAUUGGGCUCAAAGGCUAUGGUUUGUCAAUUGUGGGCAGGGUUCCAUUGUUAACCCCAAUAACAAGAGAAAACAAAAGAUAUUUGGAGACAAAACGUGCGAAAAUGGGGCAUGUUUACAAUCCUGAAUUCAUUAAAAAUCUAAAUGGCCGCCCAAGUGGAAAUGAAAAUUCAAUAGUUGAUAAGCCAUCUAAUGAAGAUCUCAAUGAUAAUGACAAGCCUUCUGAUGGAGUAUGCGAGGCAUAAAGCAGUCUGCUGCACAUGUGAUCCAAAGGACGAAUAACCAUCCAGGAAUUGGGUUCUCAAAAAGUCCUUACCUGUGGAAAUGGAAGAUCAUCCACGUGCAACCUGAGUGAUUACGUUUUGCAGAAAGCUUCUGUGCUGUGAGGUGUGAUCUCUGGUGUGCUUCUAAGUGGAUUAUCUUCUGGAGCAGAAAGGUUGUCAUGAAGUAUGGUAGUACUGACUAUAAUCAUUUGCAUAACAAAUUGUUGAAUUUGCUUGGAUGAAAUUUCAAGUGAGAUGUCAAGAAGUUUAGUCGGCUAUUCUUUUACCAUUGUCUAAAUUAUUUAGUGAAUAAACCCAUCUAGGAAGUUGCAUAUGUUAGCCUUGUGUCAAAAUUUUGAUCCAUGGUUGCACUGCUUGGCUUCUUCGGAUGACAUAGCCAUCCAUAAGUUUGUUUCUACUCCAAAAUUCUUUCAAGGUAGCCAUGUAUUAAUAAGCAAACUGCAAAACAGCUAAUUUCGAUUGUUUUAUGAAUGGAGAGUGAUCUCCUAUAUAAAUCAUUGAUUCUA